CAGAGCAGAGAACAAUGACUCGAUUCGGGUCGAUUAUUGGACCUUUAUUGAUGAUUCUGUUCCAUUUUCCAGAGGGGCAACCUUCAUCCUUCUUCACCGUCCAAGCAGGUGACAAAAUAACUUUGCCUUGUGAAAAUCUGAGAAAAGAUCAGAAAACCUGUGACAGGACGACGUGGACGUACAGAAACUUUAUGCAGGAAGGAACCAUUUUUGAAAAUGGGCAGAUGAACAAAGAUGCAACAACUAAAUCCGGCAGACUGAGUUUAACAGCGAACUGCUCUCUGGUUAUAAAGACGAUCACACUUCAGGAUGCUGGACUUUACACCUGCAAACAAAACCUGCUAGCAAGUCAAGAUUUACAAGACUCUCUGGUUGAUGUGUCUGUCAUUAGAGUGAGUGAACAGGAGUUUCAUGGUGACGUCAGCUUGCGCUGCUCUGUACAGGAACAUAACUACUGCACUCACACAGUGGAGUGGGUGUAUGACCAGAAAAUGCCCUCAGGUGUGGAGGUGUUAUCAUAUUCCUGCAGGGCCACUGUGACAUUUACAGCAUCUCUCUUCAAUCAGAAGUCAAAUAUUUAUGAGUUACUGAAAUGCAAAGUGACGAGUAAAACCACUGGAGAGGUUCAGCUGUUCAGCUUCAGGCCUCAGUCCGAUGAGGAGGAGGAAGAUGCAACAACAACAACAAACACACCAACUUUACUGACCACAAGAAAACCAACAGUCGCUAUAGCAACAACAUCCAUCAGCAGGAAGUGGACGAGUCUCAGAGGCAAAGCAACAGACAACAGGAAGUAUUCAAAGCAACAAGAUUUCAUCUAUUUUUUAAGAUGCAUCAUUGUGACUGUGUGUUUGGCAGCUCUCCUAAUAUUGGUUGUUGCAGUCAACAUGUGGGCAAAAACUAAAGAAUGCAGAACACAGCUGGAACAAAAACCAAACAAAGAAGAUGACGACAAAGUGACGUAUGAAAACAAUAAAGAGGCCUCAUCAUAACUCCCUUUAAGAUUCGGACCGACUGCUGAAGUUCCUCACUGAAGCCAGCAGUGAAAAACAACGUAUUCAGACGAGCGUUUCCACCGCCGGUUGGAUUCUCACUGGGAAUGUGGAGUUAAACCCAAAACCCUAAAGCUGCAUCAUAAUUGUGCAACAACAACUGUGGAGUCCUACUAUGUCUCAUGAUUGUUGACCCCAAAUCAAUGGACUGCACUGUGAUGGCAGGAGCUGCACCUCAACCAAUUCAAUUCAAUUCAAUACAAAAUACUUUUUUAAUCCCAAAGGGAAAUUAAAUGUUGGUGUUACUCAUUAAUUCUAAAUUUUCUCUGAGUUUUGAAGAUGGUGAUGGUGGGAAACAUCUCCUACGUUUAUCCUGAGCCUCUAACUGAACCGAGCCGAGGAAUGGUCUGGUACGGAUCGGUUGUAUGGCUGCAGCCGACCCAACAAAAGUAAAAUACCGAACCACAGCGACCUGAACGCUCUGGCCUUCCUCAUUCAGUUCCUUCAGACUAGCGGCAGCAGCAUUUAGCAAACACUUGGUGGAGCUGUGGAUCUGAGGAGCUCAUCAUACAAACUACUUAUCCAUUCAAUGCUUCUGUCGGAUGUAAAAAGGCAUAAAAGAAAGACAUCGCAGUGACAACAUGCUGAAGAGUGUCGGAAAGAGUCGGAACUUCUUAAAGAGACAGAGGCCCAAUUUCAAGGUGUC